AUGGCCAGCCUGCAAGCCUCACUCCUGGUGGCCUUCAUCCUUCUUUCUGCAGUGCUUCAGGAAACGGAGUCAGGUCCUUAUGGCACCAACAUGGAGGACAGCAUCUGCUGCCGGGACUACAUCCGUCAACCCCUGCCACUGCGCGUGGUGAAGGGCUUCUACUGGACCUCCACCUUCUGCCGCAAGCCUGGUGUUGUUUUGCAGACCCUCAGGAACUGGGAGAUUUGUGCUGAUCCCAGGCUUCCCUGGGUGAAGAGGAUAGUGAAGAAGCUGGGAGGAUGA